CAUCACUAUUCACCAAUUCGACAAGAUCAAAACCUUCUGCCAUGGCUGCUCUUCGAUCUUUCCUCAUAAUCAUCUGUUUUGUAGUGGUAGCUGCCACUAGUAUGAUGCCAACAUCUGCAAAACUAAGUUCUGGUUUCUACAACAAAGUGUGCCCUCAGGCACUGCCAGCUAUCAGAAAAGUUGUCAAACGGGCCAUCAGCCACGAGCCACGCAUCGGAGCCUCUCUACUUCGCCUUCAUUUCCAUGACUGCUUUGUUAAUGGUUGCGAUGGAUCAGUUCUGCUUGAUGACACUGCCAACUUCAUCGGUGAGAAGACCGCCUUCCCAAAUCUGAAUUCCAUCCGGGGAUUCAACGUGAUCGAUGAUAUCAAAAAAGCUGUCGACAAAGCUUGCUACAAGAGUGUGGUCUCAUGUGCAGAUAUAUUAGCUGUUGCAGCUCGUGAUUCUGUAUCCAUUUUGGGAGGACCUGAUUACGAAGUGCAAUUAGGAAGAAGGGAUGCAAGAAAUGCAAGCGUGAAUGAUGCAAACAGAAAUCUUCCACCCCCAUUCUUCAGCUUCUCACAGCUUCUCUCUAACUUCCAAGCUCAUGGACUUAACCUGAAAGACUUGGUUGUGCUCUCAGCUGCCCACACCAUUGGACUUGCUCGGUGCACCAGCUUCCGUGCCAGGAUUUACAAUGAUACCAACAUAGACCCCAAGUUUGCAGCCUCUGCAAAAUACAAUUGUCCAACAACUGGAGGAGAUAACAACACAAGGCCACUAGAUUCAACUACAAGGCGAUUCGAUAAUGUCUACUUUAAGGCUUUGUUACAACAAAAGGGUCUCCUCCAUUCUGAUCAAGAGCUCUAUAAAAAUAAUGGUACAGAUAGUGAUAAGCUGGUGCUGAAAUACAGCAGGAACUCGGAAUCUUUUGCAAAAGACUUUGCAGAUUCUAUGAUCAAGAUGGGCAACAUCAAGCCUCUCACUGGGAAUAAUGGAGAAGUAAGACUCAACUGCCGGAAAAUCAAUUAGAAUCGAAUUUUCGAUUCUAUAUCCUUGAUAUACAUUGUGACCAUUUCCUAAAAGUUUAAGCUUUUAGGAUUAAGUGAUUGUCCAACAUGUGCCGGAGCUUGGUUUGGAGGAGGUUUAGGGUACGAAUCCUCCAGUUUUCUUUCCUCACUUUUUGGUUGGUGUGCGAGGUGCAUGUUGUGGUUUGUGUUAACGAAAGGGAAAAAUAGAGAGAAAAUUAAGAAGAAGAUGAACCUUUCUGUAUUAUUUCUCAUAUUACUCUACAAUACAGAGAGUUAAGCUUUAUAA